CAUCUAACAUGUUUCGCUGUUGUAUAUAAUCUAUAGUCUAUACUCAAUACUCAUCGCUCUUUAUGUAUUUAUGAUCAAAUAAAUUUAAAAUAAGUUCUGUGUUAUUAAUUGUCGGUGAUUGUAUAGUAUUAAUUUAACAAUUAACAUUAAUAUUUGUUAACUUUUGUCUGGUUGUUUGUUUCAACGAUUGACGACGAAUUACGAUCAACACAGUCAACAAUAAUAUAAUAUACAAAUAUACACAAGGUAUAAUAAAAAAUAUAUUAUAUUUGUAUUUUAAGCAUGGCCAGAUACAAUAAUGAAAACGAUAGUGAUAAAAUAGAUCCUUCAACCGUAGCAUCUGAGCUAAAAUCAAAUAUUAAACAAGACAUUAUCAAAGAACUGUUACAUGGUUCAUUUCAAGAUAAUAAAACUAAACUGGGAAAUGAAGCUCUGACCCUGGUAGUGGAAAUAGCAAAGUGUCUUGUUACCGAGACUUGCCUGAGAGCUUCAAGUGAAGCUUUGCGUGAUGGGAGUGACAAAGUUGAUUUUGAACAUGUUGAAAAGUGCCUACCACAACUGAUGUUGGAUUUCCCAUAGUUUCCCAUAUGAUAGGAGAUUUCGUCAAUUUUAGAGAAGCAAUUGGUGCUCAGAGUACUUAUCUUAUAUUUUUAUGGUGUGUUACACGAGAAUAUUAACACAUUAAGAAAAAAUCUGUCAAAAAUUUAUUAACUAAAUGAAAAAUUGAUCUUAAUAAUUUGCAAUGCACCUGUCGAGCAUUUUAAAUAAAUCUCAUAUUUUUGUAGCAAAACAAUCUCAUAUUUUUGUUGUCAUUAAACAAUUUUAAAAUUAGUUUCAAUGAAAUUUUAUUUUGUAUAAUAAUAAUAAAAUGUAUUAUUUUAUUUUGUUAAUGUGUAACCAUUAAGUGUCAAAAAUUAUAGUUAUAUUUC